AAGACAGUAGAAGUAGUUGUUGGUGAUGAAUAUACUUGGUCGUACCCGGGGUUCGGGACUCCCGCUCUGGGUUCAGUGACUAGGUACCAUAUGCCGGGUCGAAGCGUUAUUUGUAUUACACCUGAAGUAGUGACUACUUACAGUUAGACUUCAUUUCUUAAUAUCUUUUGUGUAAUCAUCUUUUGGUUAAAGACUUAAUUUAUAAUUGACUCUCAGAGGUUAACAAGAUAUUUGUCUCGACAUAUCAAAUUCCAAAUGCAUGCCGCAUAAAAACACAUGUUCCGAUGGCCGCGACGAAUCAGCGAUGCCUUCUUGAGUCUAGGUCUACCUGUGAAGACUGCAGUAGUAGGCCAUAGAUUCCAGCGCUCCUGUGCGGAGACCAUUCGCUUGCACUGAGAUCGCACUCAGCAUUACAGCACUACGUCAAGUACGCGCGUGAUGCGAUCGCAACCACACAGAAGAGAACCACGAUGAUGAUGAUGAUGUGAAUCUACUCGGCAAUCUGCCUAAGAUUUUCCUGGCGAGUUCUGCCCGCUAGUCUGGCUUGUUGUUGGCCUGCAGAAGAGCAACAUAAUUUGCGACUUCAAUACGACGAUCUUACAACAUCUUCAUCGUGAGCAACAUGAUCGAGAAGUUGUAGUAAGUUCUUUUACAACAGUACAACCAUCGAACCAACUCGAGCUCCUCCUUCUGCUCGAGUUCAAGUUCGAACUUCGAAAAUUAUGAGUAGUCCCAAGCCACUUGCUGACUCCACCAUCCGCUCAGAUGGCUUGCAGUUGGAGGCUAGUGCCUCUUUUACCUUUGGUCCCGCAGUGGCUGCAUCGCUCGGCUCCUCCAGUACGUCCUCACCUCCACCACCACCUGGAGCACCGCCAAGACUUGGCGCUCAUUCUCUUGCGCCACCUCCGAAAAAAGUUAAGGGUCGUAAGUAGGUUUAUAGAUACUUUAUUCACUUACAGUCCAACUCCAAUCUUCAUACUGUGAUGUCGUGUGGAACAAAAAAGAAUAUAACCCAAGUAGUAAGUUGGGUUUCAGGAGGAGUCCUGCAAACACAUAAGUACACUUUUGCUGUUUCUGUUGACGUUGGUUUUGAUGCUUCAUCUCUUGUUGAGGGAGGACAAGAGCAUAACCAACAUGCUCAACUAACAUCGAAAUGCUACUUGCUUCUAACAAAAGGGGGGUCUUGCCACCUGUCCCGACACACUACGAGAGUCCUCGGAAUGCAGGAGCUGCCCUCAACAAGCUGAUGAAAGGAGAUGGCGCAGAUAGUGGAGGAGCAGAUAGCGAUGAUAGCGAGAUGGCUUUUACGUUUGGAACAGCUGGACCUGAUUGCGCGACGAAAAAAGCACUGACGCCAAGGAAUGCAGGUGGAGGAGGCCUUAUGGAAACCGUCAAAGAGGAGGUUGGUGUUUGCUUUUUUUCUUUGCUUUGGGUACUAUCACCUCCGCAGUAUCCCACAUUUCUGUACUUCUAGUAUCCCACAUCUCUGUAUUCCACAUUUUAUUCUGUGAAAAUAUACCAGUCCCCCACAUAACCCUGCAGACUCCGCAGUCAUCAAAGGGCAAAGCGGCGCCGCCCAUAGACACUAACGCACCGACACUAGUCGGUGUGAACGUUGGAGAGAGUCCUAGUGGAGAUCCCGGACUCAAUGAUAGCCUUUUAGGACCAAAUUUUUUAGACGCACCUCUUGUUGGCGGUGGAGCAGCGAGCUCGAGCUCAUAUAGAGGUAUGGAAACUACUCUUCAAUUAGUUCGAGAUUCCCUUGUUUUUCUGCUCUAUUUGUUUUGUAGGAAUAUCGUUUCCGUUUCGACGUCGUAGAAACCUGUGCGCUGCACUCUGACGAUGACCUUCACAUCGAUCAUAAAACGAUCUCAGGUCCCGCCGCUGCCCCUGGCUUAUACAAUACGCACGUAGACCCUUACGGUAGCGGCUAUGGCGGAGGCGACCCAUACCCGAGCUACGUGGAUCCACGGGAACAGGCGAUUGCUGACUACUAUAAUCAGCAUGGCGUUUAUCCUCCAGGGACUGGUGCAGUUCCGAACCCCUACGGCCUUGGCACCACAGGCCAUCAGCUACCUCCAACUGCGCCACCCGGCGUUGCCCCUCCUGGAGGUCAUCCUGGUGCGCAGCUUCCCAUAGGUGGAAUAGACGCACACGCAGUGGCGCAAGUGUACGGCGCCGGCGCGGGUGCCGCAGCAGCGUAUGUGCAGGCACAACAGGCGUUGCAGCAGGCUCAACAACUACAGCAACAACAGGCUGCGGAGGCGUAUUAUCAGCAGCAACAGAUGGCGGCUGUAGCGAUGCAGCACGUCGUUCACGCGGGUAGUUAAGGCUUGAUAUAGUAAAUAUUAACAUUUCCAGCGGUCAUUGAUUGCUCCUUCUUUUCCUUCUUGGGAUUCUGAAGCAAUGAAUUGAAUUCUGAAGCAAUUUUUAACUGAAGAAAUGCAUUGUUUUGAGCUCUAAGAUAGUGUAACGAAAGAUCUACAUUCUAUGACAAAAGAGGAGCUGGAAGGCGUGCUCGGUCAAGAACGGGCAAGGCUGGCGCAGAUGUAUAAGAUUUUUUGGAUUCCUCGUCAAUCUAGUAUGAAGAAUUAUACCAGAAGUAGAACUGUAAUAAACGAUGAACAUUCAGCACCUUCUUUCAUUCAAUGACUGUUCUUUGCUGGUGUGAUCUACAUCUACUUACAUGAUCAUUUCAUCUUCAUGAUCAUCAUGGCCUUGUUCUACAACAACAAAUCCAACUAUCCAACAGAGAAGCGAGGCAGAAGAGCGGAAUACCUUCCGAGCACGCCGCGGCAGAGGGUGAGGCAGCGGCGGAAGGCGAAGAGUACGAAUAUGAGGAAGGUGGAGAGGAAGCACACGCGGAAGUAGUAGACGAACAUGUUGGUGUCGAGGGCGGAAAACCAUGUUGUGUUAUACUUUGACACAGAACUUGGUCGUUGUUCUUCUUCUUCAUCGUCAUCCCGUUCUCACUGCGGAGCACCGCAGACAACCGCAUCGGAGAAAUAGAUGUUGAAAGGAGAAAGCUACGCAAGUGAUCAUAAGCUCUUCGUAAAACUCAUCUAGUGCAUCCUCAUCAAUAGGCACCAGCUGUGGCUGACUAAAUGCUUUUUCGACUGAAUCCUUUUUCUUAUUUCUCAAGCUUCAAGUUCAACUUGUUCAAGAUAUCCUAACUCUUGGAAGACGAGCCAUUUCUAGACUGUGAUUGUAUCGCAACAAGAAAACGCAAAAAAACACGUCGACGCGCAACGUUCUUGAGUUCUUCUUGUUGUCGAUCGAAGUGUCUUCCUGUGGAGACUUUGCUUCGAUCGAUAUGAUGACUAGCAAAACUUAGCUUGUGGAAUCCGAUUCUAACAGCUUCUAAGGGAGAUACGUCAUUGGUUUCGAUGUCGCUUUCCCUUUGGAG